AUGUCGCUAACGAAUUAUUAUUCCAUGAUGGGGCUCCAGAGCGAGGAGCCGUACGGGGCACAUUUCAUCCCGGGGAGCUUGCAGGGUUCGACGGCCGGCUGCGCCAAGUCCGCCCGGGGAGCGGAGGAGGAGGACGGGACCCCCGGUUCACACAUUCCGGAUUUUUCCCAUUUUUCCGGCAAGCCCACGAGUUUAAAUGGCUUCUCCCCCUGGACGAACACCUCCACGUCCUCCUCGUCCCCGUCGCCGCAGCUGCAGUCCGCUCCCGGCGCCUCCAUCCCGGGGCUGUUCCACCCGCAUCACCUCCUGAGCCACCACCACCACCACGCGUACUACGGCCCCCAGACGCAGAGCCACGCCGAGCAGCUCGUGUCCUCGGCGGCGUCGGAGAGCCGGUUCGUGCGGUGCUGGGAGGGGGCGACUCCCAGCAGCUCGGACGCGGCGCUGUCCCAGUCUCCGGCCGCGUUCCCCGGGUGCCUGCCCGCCCAGGGUGACCUCUCCGCCCCGAGCUCCAGGUACGAGGCGGUCAAACCCGAGAGCUCGCCGCCGCCGCCGGCGCACGACAGCCCCGGGGACUCCAGCUUCUCCAGCACGGCCGAGGUGGUGCUGGAGCGGCUCGGCACCGUGGAGGAGCUGGGGAGGAAAGCCGAGCCCAAGAAGGAGCAGGAGGAGCGGAAGGGCCAUCCACUGCUUGACCCGGCAGACCCCUCAGCCAGCUGGAUCCACGCCAAGUCGACCCGGAAGAAGCGCUGUCCCUACACCAAGCACCAGACCCUGGAGCUGGAGAAGGAGUUCCUCUACAACAUGUACCUGACCCGGGACCGGCGCCUGGAGGUGGCGGGACUCUUAAACCUCACAGAGCGGCAGGUCAAGAUCUGGUUCCAGAACAGGCGGAUGAAGAUGAAGAAGCUGAUGAUCCGGGAGAGGAGGAGCAUCAACGAAUGA